ACGUACAAGUAGUGAGUUGUUGAAUCAAUCUUCCCUUUUCAUCUAACUUUUCAUACAUCUUUCGUUUGGUGGCUUCGAGCUCAGCAUGUCUAUAUAAUACGUUCAAUCAGAGAUCAUUGUUGUGAGGUUUGUUGAAGUCCACACCAUGGCGACUAAACGGCGGGCGACUAGUCCGGCCCCGGAGGAAAGUGAUCAAAUGACAAUACGACCUCUAGGUGCUGGUCAGGAAGUCGGCCGGUCUUGUAUCAUUCUUGAAUUUAAGAACAAGAAGAUUAUGUUGGAUUGUGGUAUUCACCCCGGUUUGCCUGGUCUGGAAGCCCUGCCAUACACUGACAUGAUAGAUGCCAGUGAGAUUGACCUUGUGCUGAUUACACACUUUCAUUUGGACCACUGUGGUGCUUUACCAUGGUUCCUAGAGAAGACCACGUUCCGUGGCCGUGUCUUCAUGACCCACGCUACCAAGGCUAUAUACCGGUGGCUUCUGUCAGAUUAUGUCAAAGUCAGUAACAUAUCUGCGGAUCAAAUGCUGUAUACUGAAAAGGAGCUGGAAGCUAGCAUGGCGAAGAUAGAAACCGUCAACUUUCAUCAAGUGAUUGAGGUUGGGGGUGUGAAGUUUUGGUGCUACAAUGCCGGUCAUGUCUUGGGUGCCGCCAUGUUCAUGUUGGAAAUUGCUGGUGUAAAGAUUCUAUACACAGGGGAUUUCUCACGACAAGAAGAUCGGCAUCUAAUGGCUGCUGAGAUUCCACCAGUCUCGCCAGACGUCCUCAUCAUGGAAUCAACAUACGGUACUCACAUCCAUGAGAAGCGAGACGUACGGGAAGCUCGCUUCACCGGAACUAUCCAUGACAUCCUCAACCGUGGAGGUCGCUGUCUCAUCCCUGUUUUUGCGCUGGGAAGAGCGCAAGAAUUGCUUCUUAUCUUAGACGAGUACUGGGCUAACCACCCGGAGCUACAGGAGAUUCCCAUCUACUAUGCGUCAUCCCUUGCCAAGAAAUGCAUGUCGGUGUUUCAAACGUACGCCAACGCCAUGAAUGAACGCAUCCAGCGUCAGAUCAGUGUGUCAAACCCUUUCAUCUUCAAGCAUAUCUCCAAUCUGAAGAACAUGGAGCAGUUUGAUGAUAUUGGACCAUCCGUUGUAAUGGCUAGCCCGGGAAUGAUGCAGAGUGGCUUGUCUCGAGAACUGUUUGAGAACUGGUGUACAGAUCGACGCAAUGGCGUUGUGAUUGCUGGAUAUUGUGUGGAAGGAACGCUAGCCAAGCAUGUUAUGUCAGAGCCUGAGGAAAUUACCACCCUCAGUGGUCAGCGCUUACCACUGAAGAUGUCCGUUGAUUACGUUUCCUUUUCAGCCCAUGUGGACUACGAGCAAAUUAGUGAAUUUGUUCGAAUAUUGAAGCCACCACAAGUCGUACUGGUUCAUGGAGAGGCAACAGAAAUGGGCCGACUGCGGUCAGCGUUGGUCAGAGAAUAUGAAGACAAUCCGCAUGUCAAAAUGUCACUGCACACACCAGCUAACACACAGGCUGUGGAGUUAUGCUUCCGUGGUGAAAAGAUGGCAAAGGUGGUUGGUGGACUGGCGUCAAGGGAACCACAGGAUGGUGGCACGGUAUCGGGCAUUCUCAUCAAGCGUGGGUUCAAAUACCACUUGAUGGCACCGACUGAUCUUGCGAAUUACACCGACCUGUCUAGUAGUGUUGUUACACAGAAGCAAUGUGUACCUUACAAGUCUCUCUUCUCGCUAGUUGGUUACUACUUACGACAAGUAGCUGGAGAAGUGGAGGAGAUCAAGGAGAAUGGCAUGGUGACUGGGUACAAGGCGUUCAAGGUUGUGACAGUGUUGAAAGGAGCUCAGAAAGUUGUGCUUGAGUGGAUCGCCAAUGAAGCCAAUGACAUGUAUGCCGAUGCAGUACUGUCUGUAUUAAUGCAGAUCGAAGGUGAUACCACGGGAAAUGCACUUUCUGUUGCUCUCUCCAACGCAACCAGUGCGGGAAAGUAUGAUGAAGUUGACAAGUUUCCGAGCAGGCUGUUCAAACUUCUGUUGGACAUCUUCGGCGAAGGCAGAGUUGCACGCAACCCUACUGGUGACGGCAUGUUGGUGACCGUUGACUCACACGAAGCAGUGAUCUCCCUCAAAGACCUGUCCGUAGAUUGUGCAGACGAGGCUCUAGCACAGCAGGUUCAAGGCGUUGUCCGCCGUCUGCACACUGCACUGCACCCUUGCAAGGCAGCAUCCAAGGCGGAGAUCCCAGAAGUGAAGGCGGAAUGAGCUGCUCACAAGCAAUAUCGGUCAGAUAUUCUGAAAUUGAACAUUUUUGUUUUGAUUUUAGAUUUUGAUUAUUUUCAAUCAAUGUGCCCGUCACUCAUGGCUGUUGUCUUGAUGAUUUUCUCGUGUAAAUAUGUUCUGUAAAUACGGUACGCCAUCGUGUCGACCAUUGUACAAAGAUUCUAUUUUAUGUACAGCUUCUUUCAUUUCUGCUUCUUUAUAUGGGCUCUGGCAUCACAUGUUCAACUACUGUCAAUGGGUUUCCUCUACCCCAUGCAGCCUGUUUUUUAAUUUAUUUUCAGCUGCACUGCACGACUUUUCCUCUCCUGUUAUGUGUCAUACUACAUAGCAGUCAUACAAUUAUAAAACUAGUCUGUGAAUGUGUGAUGUAAUGUUUUGUGCACUGGUGUAGUGCCUGUUUGCAAGGACAUGUCUGGCAAUCUGGCAUUGCCAUCAUUGA